AUGCAGCUUCGAGGCGACAGUCUGGUGAGACAGUGCCGUAUAGAUGCAUGGCAGGUCAUCCAGGGUGGCUCCGACCCCGUCUAUGUGGCGGCGGCCACAUACCUCAAGUCCAUCGGAUUCGUCAACCAGGCCGAGGUUGCGCGUGUCUUGGACAUUGCGACCAACCCCAACUCACUGUUCGUGCAGUACAACGACGCGAAGCGAUCGCGCAACGCUAGCGCCCGGGAGCUGACCGUCGAGGAUGACAUGGCGCCUGUAGUGGAGUACCUCAAGUCGCGCGGCCUCAGCACACCCGAGGUUGUCGCGGUGGUGGCCGGCCACCCGCCGGUGCUGAGCUACAGCGUGGAGGAGCGGCUGGCGCCGUUCUGGGACUACAUGCAGGACACAGUCGGGCUGCAGGACGUGGGCGCCGUGAUCGCCAAGCGGCCCAGCCUGCUCGGCCUAGACCUGUCAAACCUCGAAAAGAUCGUUGGUUACCUGAAAUCCGUCGACACGCCCCCCGAGACGAUCGUCAAGUACAUGAUGACGAGCAUAUGA